AUGGCAAGCCUGGGUUUCCUCCUCCUCGUGGGCUUCCUCCUCAUCCUCCUCACCAGCACCGUGACCUGGGGGGAGUAUGCCAUGGUCCACGUGGUGUCAGAGAACUGGAGCAAGGACUACUGUGCCCUGUUCAGCUCCGAGUAUGUCACCCUGCCUCGGGACUUGCGCCAUGCCCCACUCCUGCCCUUGCACGAUAGCACCAUGACACCCUGGUGCCCGGGUGAGGACGCCUUCCACCAGGCCCAGCAGCCACUCCGCCACACCACCGCCAUGGUCAUGAGGGGUAACUGCAGCCUCUACUCCAAAGGGUGGCUGGCUCAGGGCCAAGGCGCCCAUGGGCUGCUCAUCGUGAGCCCGGCCAGUGGCCAGCCGUGCUCAGACACCACGCCGGCCUCCCAGGACCCCCACAAGCCCUUGUCACAGCUCACCAUUCCCAUAGCUGUGCUGCGUUACACUGACAUGCUGGACAUCCUCAGCCACACAAGCGGCCGCGCCCUCAUCCGCGUGGCCAUGUAUGCGCCCCCGGAGCCCACCCUUGACUACAACAUGGUGUUCAUCUUCAUCCUGGCUGUAGGCACCGUGGCCGCAGGUGGCUACUGGGCUGGCCUGACCGAGGCUGACUGGCUGCAGCGGCGCCGGGCCCGAGGAGGAGGGGGGCCUGGCGGUCACCAUCAGCUGGAAGCUGUGGCAGCUGAAGGGGGACAGGAGGAAGACAAUGAGGACCCUCCAAUGGACUUCACGCCAGCCAUGACUGGUGCAGUGGUCACCACGUCCUGCUCCAUCAUGCUGCUGCUUUACUUCUUCUAUGAUUGCUUCAUCUAUGUCAUGAUCGGGAUCUUCGGUCUGGGCGCUGGUACCGCCCUCUACAGUUGCCUGGCCCCGCUGGUGCGCCACCUGCCCCUGCAGCAAUGCCAGUGGUCUCUACCUGGCAGUCGGGCCUGUCUGCAACUGCCCCUGCUGCUGCUGGCCAGCCUGUGCACGGUGGUGACCAUCGUCUGGGUGGCCUACCGCAACGAGGAUGACUGGGCAUGGCUUCUGCAGGACACACUGGGUGUGGCCUACUGCCUUUCUGUCCUGCGGCGCGUGCGGCUGCCCACACUCAAGAGCUGUGCCUUCUUCCUGCUGGCCCUGCUGGCCUUUGAUGUCUUCUUUGUCUUUGUCACCCCCUUCUUUACCGAGAAUGGUAAGAGCAUGAUGGUGGAAGUAGCCACGGGUCCAGCAGAUUCCUUGAGCCACGAGCGGUUACCCAUGGUGUUCAAAGUGCCCAGGAUAAGCUUCUCAGCAUCGACUCUGUGUGACCAGCCCUUCUCUAUUCUUGGCUUUGGUGACAUCGUGGUCCCUGGCUUCCUGGUGGCCUACUGUCACCGCUUUGAUGCCCAAGUCUGUUCACACCAGAUCUACUUCAUGGCCUGUACCUUAGCCUAUGCCACGGGCCUAAUGGUCACUUUUAGUGCCAUGGUCAUCAUGCAGAUGGGCCAGCCCGCUCUGCUCUACCUAGUGUCCUGCACCUUGCUCACCAGCCUGGCUGUGGCCGCCUGCCGCCAAGAGCUCUCUCUCUUUUGGUCAGGCCAAGGCAGAACCAAGACAGCCUGGUCUGUGGCAAGGCUCCACGAAGCACCUGCUAUGGGCUCUGAGCAGAAACAGGAGGACACAGCUGAUGUCCAGACAGGCUGCGAGUUUGAAGAGGCCACCGACCAAGAAGCAGGGGACUUAGACAGGAACCCUGGGGAGGACAUGGCCGAGAUGGUCACCAUAUCUGAGGACGAAACCACAGGGGCUGAUGGCCCCAGUGAUAGCUCUGAGGGCUGGAGUGAUGACAACUUGGACCCUGAUGAGCUGCCCUCCAUGCCCCCGGCCGUGCUUUUACCGCUGGUGCCGUUGGUACCGCCCCCCUCAGAGCUGGGCCACGCCCACACGCAGACCCACGAGGCCGGCCUGCCCCGGGCAGGGUUCCACAAGAGGAGGGGCUUCAAGGUCAAGAAAAGCAUGUCAACCCAGGCUCCCUUGUGA